UGCAACCGCAAAGAGAUUAGUACACUUGAUUUAAACUAACGGAGUUGAUUUGAUGUAAUGUAUUGUUUCAAUUUUGUGGAGUCUCUUAAUCUUUGAUACACAGUUUUUGUUUGAUUUGUAAGUCAUUCUGUUCUCUGGGCUAUCUUACAAUUUCAAUAUGGUGUUGGAGAAUUUGAAAACCUUGAUUUCGCCAAACUUCAGCAAUGAUGAUUUGAUUGAAAUGGUGAAAAACUAUUCUAAUUUGAGAGAAAUAAAUAUCGAAGAUGUUAUAAUGGCACCACCCUCUCAGAAAAUUGGUGAUUCUUAUUUGAGUAAGAUAUUGAGAUUUACGAUAAAUGCUACUGGAACGAAUGAGAGUGGAGAAAAAGAAAAAGUGGAAGUCAACGUUAUCACCAAAGUACUUCCACCUAAUCUGGGUAGGAGGAAAACAUUGAGAUCUCAUGAUUUUUUCGAGAAUGAAAUAAUAUUUUACAACAAGGUGUGGUCAUCUAUGAAGGCAUUCUCCAAAAGUAAGGGUAUGAACAAAGAAUUUAACGAAAUUGUUCCAACAUUGUUAGCGUUUUGUUUGGAUGGAGAAAAUGAUUAUAUAGCACUAGAAGAUCUUUCUUACAAAAACUUCGACUCGAUGGAAAGGGGUAAAGGCAUAGAUUAUGAUACAACGAUGAAAGUUUUGAAUGUUUUUGCUAAAUUUCACGCUUUGUCUCUUGCCUAUAAAGAUCAGAAACCUGUAGAAUUCAGCAAAGCAGCUAGCAGUUUGAAGGAGGUAUACUUUAAUGAAAGACUUUAUGCUUGGUAUGGAAACUUCCAACAAAGUCUGUUUGAUCUUGUGAGAGAUGCUACGAAAAAAGAACUCCCCCAAAAGUACUUUGAAAAAAUUGAUAAGAUUUUCAAAGAUGACUUCUUCAAAAAAACAAGCGAUAUUUGCGAGAAUAAUCAUUCUCAUCUUUCGGGGGUAACUCAGGGGGACGCCUGGAUUCCAAAUUUCCUGUUCCGAAAGGACGAGGAAGCUCUCAAAAUCGCCAUCAUCGAUUUCCAACUGGCAAGAUGGGCGCCAUUCUCCAACGACAUCACCUUGUUCCUCUUCACAUGCGUGGAAGACAACGUUUUAUUAGAUCAUUGGGAUGAUUUCAUCAACGAGUAUACAGCCAGAAUGAAGCACUACGUUAAGCUACUUGGAAGUUCUCCUGAAAUCUUCCAGGGUGAUGAGUUCAAGGAAGAUAUUAAGAAAAAUAUUAUAUAUACCCUUGCUAUGGGGAUUGAAGGGCUUUCCAUGUCUCUCAUCGAGGGUUUUGACUUGGAUUUGAUCAAGUGCGAUGAGGCUGUUCCUUUGGAAUCAGUGUGGGUGAUUCAUCCAUUCGAAGAUGAGGAAAGAAGGAAAAGAGUGGCUAAUUUUAUAGAGUUUCUUGUUGACAAACAACUGAUUUAAAAAGGGUGACAUUCCAAAACAAUUAAAACUGUCUUUGAGGACUAAUAAAUGAAUGAUAAAAGUGGA